AUGGGGUCAGCAGAUGAGGGAGGGGCAAUGACGAUGUUUGGCCUUCAAGAGUUGCUGGAAAUUGAAGGCAUGGAGGAUAACUUGCUGAUGCAUGAGAUGUGGACGCAUUAUAACAGUGAUGAUGACCAUUACAUAGAGGAUGAUGAAGGAGGCACAACAGCAGAUGGGAAUGAAGCAGAGCAACAACAUCAGCAAAGUCAGCCACACCAACCAAACACAGAAAUACAAAACACUGUAAGUUCAUCAACCCAAAAACCACAUUUAACUCUAACAAAAAGGAGAAUGUUGGUUGAUGACCUUCUUACCUCUGAAAUAAAUGGUAAAUUUCCAUGGGGUGUAAAAAGAAAAAUAGCGAGAAAGCAUGGCAUAAGCAGGAUGAUGCUAGAUAGAAUAUGGAAAGAUGCAAAAAAACAGAGAGAAACUGGGCAUGCCAUAGAUGUGAGAAAUAAAAAAGCAGGCAGAUGUGGUAGGAAGCUUAAAAUUUACGAUGAACAAUGGCUUCAGUCAGUCCCACUUCAACUAAGGACAAGUAUUAGGGCAUUUGCUGGUUCUCUUAGAGUCCUCCAAUCUAAUGUCUAUAGACUACUAAAACAGGGGAAGCUGAGAAGUCAUACAAGCAGCACCCACCCAAAACUGACAGAAGACCACAAGUUUCAAAGAAUGAAGUGGGUGUUACAACACAUUUUACCAGCAACAAGGACACAACCACCAAAAUUUGUUGACAUGCAAAAUGUUCACAUAGAUGAGAAGUGGUGUUAUUUGAGUCCAGACAUGAGGAUGUUUUACUUGCUCCCUGCUGAAGAUGACCCUUAUAGUUGUUGUCAAUCCAAGAGAUUUAAGAUCAAAGCUAUGUUCAUGUGUGCCACAUCUAGACCUAUUAAGGACUGUAAAGGGAGGAUGAUACAUGAUGGGAAAUUUGGUAUCUACCCUUUUGUUGAGUAUGUGAGAGCUAAAUAUUCAACUAAAAACAGAAGGGCAGGAACUUUGGUGACAAAAGCAAUUGAAAGUGUUAACCUAGCAGUUAUGAGGGACAUGAUAAUCAACACUGUCAUCCCUGCCAUCAUGAGGAAUUGGCCUGAAGGUGUAUCUAAAGAUAUUUACAUACAGCAAGACAAUGCUAGAGCUCACAUUCAUGCAUCCAACCCCUGA